AUGACUUCCCAUGCCAUUCCGAGACUUUCUGCUUCAACUGGGAUACCCAAGUUGAUCCCAGGACUGCGCAGAAAGUCAGCAAACCCCUCAGGUCCAUCAGAAACUGCGCCAGAAACUCCCACUUUACCAUCCCCUCCGACCCUAGAAGCCAUUCAUUUUAUACCACCAGUCAAACGAAUUCUAUCUCCUGCAGAUCACCAGAAAUUCCUCGCUUCUUCGACUUACAUCUUGCUACAAGCAUGGAUCUUCACUCUGGCUGACUCUGUUCGGGGUCAAACCAUCACCUCAAUUGAUUCCCAUCCUUUGUCGGCCACUAUCCUUCGAGUCGACUCCGUCCUUGAUGAGCUUGACUCUCUCCUUGCGCAGUAUCCUCCUCUAGAUACUGGUUCUCGUUUCGGCAAUCCAAUCUUCCGCAGCCUGCAUAAAGCAAUCGUCUCUGAUGUUGAGCAGAUACAUAAAAAAAUACUAGGGAUUGACGAUGAGCAAGUUGUACAAGAAAUCUCGGUAUACCUGAACAACUCUUUCGGCUCUGAAGAACGCUUAGACUAUGGGUCUGGCCAUGAAUUGAAUUUCAUGAUGUGGCUGCUGUGUUUGUACCAACUGGGGCAGAUCCAGCGGCCAGACUUUCCGGCUGUGGCCCUACACACAUUCCCCCGAUACUUGGGAUUGAUGAGAAAGAUACAGACUACCUACUAUUUGGAGCCGGCAGGGAGCCACGGUGUCUGGGGUCUCGAUGACUAUCAAUUCCUCCCCUUCUUAUUUGGAGCCAGUCAAUUGGUUGGCCAUCCCUACAUCACGCCCAAAUCCAUCCACAACAACGUGGUAUUGGAUGAAGAAGGCGAUAAGUACCUCUAUCUCAAUCAAGUCCGGUGGGUGGAUAGUGUCAAGACGGUCAAAGGUCUUCGAUGGCACAGCCCCAUGCUAGACGAUAUCUCGGGAGCAAAGAGUUGGCAAAAGGUGGACGAUGGUAUGAGAAAGAUGUUUGUCAAAGAGGUUCUGAGCAAACUUCCCAUCAUGCAGCAUUUCCUCUUUGGCGGGCUCAUCCCGGGCACAGAAGAUAUGGGUCAACUUGAUCCGGAAACGAUUCGUCUUCAAACGGAGAGAAUGCAACAUGUGAAAGAACGUGGACACGAGCCUGACUAUUGGGGUGACUGUUGUGGUAUCAAAGUGCCGAGUACAGUGGCGGCUGGAGAAGAGAUGCGCAAGAGAAUGGGCACUUCAGGCGCACUCCGGCCAAUACCCUUUGACUAA